AUGGCUAUUUUGCUGGACAGGGUCUGUGACUUCUCUCCCAAGUCCAACAUUUCGCUGGGAGUUCCCAGUCAGCAGGUAGAGAACCAGUCCCUAAGGGCCUGGGAAUCAGAGCUGUGCUGCUCUGAGGGCACUCCAUCCAGAGGCAGCUCCCCGGGGCCAGCCGUCUCCUUAGUUCUGCCCAUCGUCUACACCCUCAUCUGUGCCUGCGGUGUGCUUGCCAACGGGCUGGUGAUCUCUGUGGUGCUGGGCUGCAAGCAGAAGGUUGUUUCCGACAUCUACAUUCUGAACCUGGCUGUCGCAGACCUGCUGUUCCUGCUUGGGAUGCCCUUUGUCAUCCACCAGCUCCUCCAGGAGCAGGGCUGGGUUUUUGGGGAAUUCCUGUGCUCGGCUGCAACCGCCAUCGACCUCAACAACCAGUUCAGCAGUGUGGCGAUUGUUACCCUGCUCUGCAUUGACAGAUAUGUGGCAGUGGUAUACUCCUCCACCAUCGGUCAGAAACGGACCUUGCGCUGCACAGCCGUGAUUAAUGCUGGAGUAUGGGCUGGAAGCUUAGUUCUGGCCACACCUGCUAUGCUCUAUGCCCGGGUGCACUGGGACAACAAGACAGAGAUUUGCCUCCUCGAUUUGCCAGGUCCCCACAGCAUCUACUGGUACACCCUCUACCAGUUGCUAGUGGCCUUCCUCCUGCCUUUGCUGGUGAUGACUGUGUUGUAUUCCUUGACUUUGCAUCACCUGUUCCGUGCCAUGCACCGCGUGAACCGGAAGGCCUCUGUCCGCAGCAGGAAGGUGACCCGCAUGGCGCUCACCAUCAUCGCAGCCUUUUUUGUCUGCUGGACACCCUACCACGUGCUGCAGCUGGUCAACCUGACAGCCACCCCCUCAGCCACCUUCUUCUACCUGUACCAAGCCACCAUUUGCCUCAGCUAUGCCCACAGCUGUGUCAGCCCGAUCCUUGUUAUUUUCUGCACUGAGUUCUUCCGGGACAGGAUGGCCCAAUCCAGGUACUGCAGAUUUCUCACAAAAUGGAGGGCUAUACGGGACAGUUCAUCUACGCCGGAAAUCACAACAAUGAUGUACAGUCCACAAGUGAGCCAGGCUGUGUCCCCUUCAUGCAGGAGUCGUCCCUCUGAUAUGGAAAUACCAUUAUACUCUGUGAGUGAGACCAGUAGUUUCACUGCGGCCAUCAGUGGACACGAGGAAUUGAAUGGGGUUUAA